UCGCUUCUCAGUCGAUAUUCGAUCGCGGCGCGUAACGGUCACGCAGUUCUUUAAGGCUAUUUAACUGCCAUUCUCUUUUUGAAUUUAAUCAGUUUUUCUAAAAUGUAUCAAGAUGAAAUCUAAACUGCUUUAUAAAACGAAAAUAGAAUUUUUCGCCUUGUUCUUCGAGCCUAAUCAUCCUAAGCGUUUUUUUAAGUACAGUUGACCACAAAUCCGGCGGUGCCGGGUUUGGAGCUUCGGUUCGGACAUUUAUAAAACGUUUAGAUACAGUUUCAGUACGGAAAUUUUAUACUAAAAGUGACUUUUUACUUAUUGAAAUAUGAUCGCUUGUUUCUAACAUUUAAGUGUAUUUUACUCUGUUGAACGUUACAAAAAUAUCGAGUCGGUAAAACUUAAUUCGAAAUCAUAGUUGAAGUAUUAGACGCUUUUUGAAAAUCAACUUCUCAAAGAUCUACAAGAAUCCAAAAAGAUGGAUAGGCCGAAGUACCCUCGUAUUCACUCGUAUGGCAGCAUGAGUUCAGCGAGAAGUGAUGACGACAUGACAGUCCACAGCCAACUAUUCCCUUAUCCGAAGAAAAUGAUAGUCGAGAGAGAAAUUCUUUAUGAAGAAGAACAUCCACCGUUUCAACCUUUACUUGCGACUAGUAAAAUCUUCGGGAAAUCUAGAUUCACAUGUCUUUUGGUCAUGUAUAUAGUGUUCUAUAUCGCGUAUCUUCUAUCUGGUGCUCUGGUAUUUUCGGCCCUGGAAACACCCUUGGAGAACCAGGUCUUACUGGACGUGAUUCGAGCGAAACAAGAAUUUACUUUAAAAUAUCCCACUGUUAUUGUUGAUGAUUUGGAGACGCUGCUGGAUGAAGUGGUACGAGCGAGUAGCCGUGGAGUGUCAGCUUCUCGGAACGUGACCGGUGGACCUAACUGGAGCUUUGGACAGUCGCUGUUCUUUUCUUCUACCGUGAUUACUACCAUCGGAUACGGUCAUGUAACACCUCUUUCGAAGCCAGGCAAGUUGUUUUGCAUGGUAUAUGCCCUUCUCGGUAUACCGUUAACAUUGGUGUUAUUGUCCGCGCUGGUGGAACGUCUGCUGUUACCAGCGACCUCUCUACUGAGGUGUCUCAACGCUGCCCUCGGACAUCUUUACCGCCCGUUUACCAUCAGAUUGGUGCAUCUUACUAUUAUAGUAAUGAUCCUCGUAGUGUUCUUUCUGCUGAUACCAGCUGCUGUGUUCGACUCGCUCGAACCGGACUGGGAUUACUUGGACUCAUUCUACUAUUGCUUCAUAUCGCUCACCACUAUCGGUCUCGGUGAUUACAUUCCCGGGGAUUACCCUUACCAACCCUAUCGCCCUCUAUAUAAAGUUGCUGCUACUUUCUACUUAAUUGUUGGUCUGACAUUCCUAAUGUUAACGCUGACAGUGUUCUACGAUAUACCACAAUUGAAUCUCAGCACUGUAUUUUCUUCAAUGAAACUCGACGAAGAUCCGGAGAAGAUGCGCUUGAGUGGUUCAGGUGUUAUGGGCCCUGGGUAUGGGAUUGGGGGAUUGAUGAUGAGAGAUGACUAUCAUCACCAUGACCAGAGGCGCUCUGUCGUGCAAAUUAGACCACACUUGGAUGAUAGCCCAAGCCCUGAGGACACUACUCCUGUUCACGCAAGAGAUAUUCGAGUACAUUAAGAAAUACAAUUCACCUUUGAAAAUGACUGGGUUAAAAUUAAUGUCCCUAUGAUAAUAUUAACCGAUUAUGAUUACCACGUUUUAACAGAGUGAUACACACAUGACUUUAUUUCAACAACUAUGAAUGUCUUAUAAUUGUAGUGUUAAAUAUAAUUUAGCUGAAUUAGAUUUCUUUGUAAUAUCAGUGUCUAAUGUUUAUCGAUAAAAUUUUAAGGUAGUUUGAAAAUAUAAAAAUAUGUGCUUGUUUGAUUAUUCUUAUAUAAAAUAUAGAUUUCAGUAGGCUUUUAAGUUUACGCAGUUAUUUCAAUAUUGUUGAACGAUAAAACGCGAUCUUUUUCUUCCUAAAACUUUCUUAUUGUAUAAUACAAAAUUAUUUUUACUUUUAUAAGAAAACCAAAUUCGAAUACUAAUCAAAUUUCUUAUAUAUUAAAAAUAUAAAAUUAUCACUAUUUUGGCAACCGUCCUAAAUUUUUUGGAAUUCAAUUUCAUAUUAUUUUUUAUCGAACCCAAAAAAUUUAUACUUUCUGAUAAUUAAAUCGAACUUAGUUCGUUAGUAAAAGACUGAGGAGGUUUUUGAAUUUUCUCACUUUUCUAUUUCGACGGUGGAUUUUCUAAAAAUAAAGAUAAUUAUAUCAAAUUUCAUAAAAUGUCAUAAAGACAGACUGAAAAACAUUAAGUCUGUGUCCUGUAUACAACUUCGAAGUAUUCCAAUCGGCGGCAUAUCAAACCUAUCAUUAGAAUAUAUUAUACAAACAUUUUUAUAAAAGUAUUUUUUCACCUACAACGUUUUAACCAUACAAACAAGAUAAAUUAUCUCAUACUUUGAUUACAUAUUUUUGACGAACGUAUUUACCUAUUCUAUUAAAAGUGGACAACGUUAUUUUAUAUAAUUUAAAAAAUAUAUAUUCAUUUCACUAAUACAUCAUAAUAUUGUUAAUGUGAUGAGUAGGUACUUUUGUUAAUAAUUAUUUCAAGAUUUUAAUAAAAAACUUUGUUUUUUUUUCAAUAUUACACUGAAUAUAAGUAGGUAAUAAUAACUCUUUUAGAUUCAGAUAACUAAUUUGAUAUUUAGAAGUGUUAUAAUACAAUCAAAUAUUAUUAAACGGUGGCUGUGACGAUAAAAGUAUAUUUGAUUAUAUAUAUAUUUUUUAUUUUUGUUUUAAUUUAUAAUACGUUUAACUGAAAUCGAUGACAAUAUAUUAUAAGCUGUUUCUGAAUAUAAUGUAGAAAAUGUUAUUUAUUUUAUCAUUGACAUCUAAUUAUAUAGUCGAAAACUAAAAUACUUGUUAACCUGUCAAAUAUUCAAUUAAAUGACAUUUUAAUAUAGUCUAUGAAUAUUAUAAUUUUAAUGAUUUCAUUAUCAAGACCUAGAAGAAAUAAGAGAUGAUGAAAAGCAAAUCCGAGAAAUUGUCUGUAAAGCUACAACUACAACAGACUAUUGAUAGUGCUGCUGCUGGUAGUUACUAGAACCAAUUAACUUCGCACCAGCUUGAUUUCACAGACGUUUCUGUAGCGUUACAGAUAAUAUUUAGUCACGGUAAUCUGAUAUCUAUUUGAACGCGCAAAUGUACAUUUUCUCUCUCUCCUUAAUUAUUAAUAUUAUAUAAAUUUCUUAUUGAGGAGUUUCGUUAUUUCAGAACAAGAAGUACUACUACAAUUAAUAUAAAUUUCGCGUGCUUAUUGAUGUAUAUAGUAUUCAAAUUAUCACAUUAAAUGUUCGCGUUAGUAUUUAGCAAUAAUUUACAGGGAAUAACCACUAUAAAAUAUGCAUAUAAAAAUAUAAUAAAUUUACACAAAUACCUAAAUGUUAAAUGAAGAUGUAUUUAUCUGAAUGUGUUGAAUUUGGUAGUUACUAGUUAAGUGACGCAAACUCUACUAUUUAUAUAUAAAAACGUUUUAAAUAUAGACAAAAAGAUACUAUUUAUAAUAUAGACUACACUGAAUAGACACUAGUAUACAAAUAUAUGAUUAUAGUUAAACAUAGCGCCUUGAUUGGUACGUCGCAAAGUAUAUAACAUAAAUUGUAUUUGAUGCAAAAUCUGAAAUAAAUUAAAUGAAAAUAAA